UAAUGAAGAGGGAAUCAGAUAAAAACAAAACGGGGCUCCUUUUUCUACCGCGAACAAAAGAGUCUGUCGCGAAGAAACGGGGCCGACGUAUCUACGAUUGUUUCGAGGAUCUUCAGCGAUUUGGGCCAACUGAAUGGAACCGUGCUACUUUCGUGCAUCGAUCGAUACCGGCGACGGUGUUUCUUCCGUCCAGAAACCGCGUUGGCAACGUUUCCAAGACAAUCGGAGGACCACAGAUAAUCGUACGAGCCAAUCAGUCCCGCAUUGAGUUUCGGAACUCUUCUCUUUAUGUCGAGCCUUCAGGGAGGGAGAGAGGAACAUGUGAAAAGGAAAAGCGAGAUAGACGGGGAACAAAGUAAAGAAGCUCCGACGGGAUCCUUUCGACGACGGACCAAAAGCAGCUUUUCCGAGUCACUCUUGGCGUUUCACGGAGAAGAGAGGAUUACGGAAAGGUUGCAGAGAUGAAGAAUGAGAUACGAGAAUUAAU